CGCCCGCACAGCAAAACGUCAUGCAUCCAUAGAAACACUAGAUCAAUUGGCUUUCUGCAAAUUGCGGGCUUCCCAAGGCCGCUUCACUUCUCAAUUGGGCAGUUCCCUAAUCAUCUGAACCCAGUCCUUUUACGUCCAUUACGCCCUGCCCCGCAGCUGCUAUCGUAAUCUCACAUCUUUAACACUCGGACCUCGUUCCCAAUCACGAUAGCUUCAGUUCUUUCUCGUUUUCUUCAGUUGUCCUGUGAUACUUCUCUUACAUAAAUUUCAUUUAUCUUGUACAUCUCUAGCCAGAAACACAUUCAAUAUGGCGUCUCAAAUAGACAUCUCUGCCGUGAGAAGCAAGUUCCCUGCUCUGGGCCAAGACCAGGUCUUCUUCGAUAAUGCAGGUGGAAGUCAGACGCUGGGAACAGUCAUUGAGUCCAUCCGGGACUAUCUCACACAAAGCAACGUCCAGCUAGGCGCGUCUUACAAAGUCGGCCAGAAGGCGACGGCCUCCUACGGCGAAGGCUACCAAGCCGGCGCAAAGUACAUCAACGCAUCUUCCGACGAGAUAGUCUUCGGCGCCUCGACAACCCAGCUCUUCCGCAACCUAUCCCACACCUUCACCUUUGACAAGGGCGACGAAAUCGUCGUAUCAGCAGUCGACCACGAAGCCAACAUCGCCUCCUGGGUCGAUCUCGCCGCCCGCCAAGGACUCGAGCUAAAGUGGUGGAAGCCCACGGACGCAGCAUCCACCACAAACCCAAAGCUAACAACAGAAAACCUGAAGCCCUUGCUCUCGGACAAGACCCGCCUGGUAACCCUCACGCACGCGAGCAACAUCCUAGGCACGAUCCACGACGUCGCCUCCGUAGCCUCCCUCGUCCACGAGUCCACACCAAGGGGUCUCGUCUGCGUCGACGGCGUGGCCUACGCUCCGCACCGGCCCAUCGACGUCAAGGCCCUCGGCGUCGACUUUUACGCCUUUUCGUGGUACAAGGUCUACGGCCCGCACACGGCCAUGCUAUACGCCAGUCGCGCCGCGCAGGACGCGCACAUGCGCUCCCUCGGCCACUUCUUCAACCCGAGCGAGUCCCUCGAGGGCAAGCUCGGGCUCGCGGGCGGUAGCUACGAGCUGGUGUCGGCCGUCCCGCGGGUGCUGGAAUACCUGGGCACGCCCGACGCCCAAGGCUGGAAGGGGAAAGUUGAGCAAGAGGGGCAGCUCCAGGCUACUCUGCUCGAGUAUCUCAACGGCCGGGGCGACGUGAAGAUUUACGGCGAGACCGAUGCCGGUACCGACCGCCGUGUUCCGACAAUCAGCUUCCGAGUGCAGGGGUGGGGCACCAAGGAGCUCGUCAAUGCCGUAGAGAACGAGUCCGAGUUUGCCUUUCGAUGGGGCCACUUCUACUCGUACCGGCUGAUCAAAGAGAUUCUGCAACUCGACCCUGCCGACGGCAUUAUUCGGGUUAGCAUGGUGCAUUACAACAGCCCCGUAGUUGAUGAAAUCAAGGGGUUUAUUGCGGCCUUGGAUAAGGCACUGCAACACAAGACCAAUCAGUAG